AUGGUGCUCCCGUUGGUGAAGCUCGGGGCCCUGGCCAUGAAGACCGUCAGCAAGCCCAUUGCAAGCAGGCUGAAGAUGGAAGCUGGCAGGCAUCCGCAGUUCCGCAGUUUCAUCAUCUCUAUGGCCCAGGUGCUCCUUCCGAUCCCUCUGUUUCCCUUUGCCCAUAUCUCACUGCUACAAAACAGGGAAUUCUGAAACACAACUGUGUGACGAAAACGCGCACAAGCUAUAAAUCUUUCAGCAAAAUAUUGAUACGCGUCAUAAUUGUGGUUGAGUGCGACUGUGGUUGAGUGCAUUUUAUUCUUAUCUCUGGGAAUAUUUAAUUUUGAGUUUUUUUCUUCAUGCGAGUCAAUGACAGUGGUCUUGAUGGGAAUUCAAGAGGAAGCCUGGUAAAGACCUGGCCGAUCUUGAAAGUAAUCCGGCUCAUCUCUGCUGGGCGUUCAUUCAAACUUUUGGGUUGACUAUACGGGCUCCUUACAGUUUGGGUGAAGCAGAUUGGGUUCCUUCAAUAGAUAUAGUUAGCCCGUGGACUAAAAUGAGUCAGCUUGAAUUUACUUACUAACUCCACUAUCCCGGCUCUGUGCAGGAUUCUUCAGUGUUUUUCCUAAACUUGGGACGUACUCUACGUCCCUCUCUGUGUAUCUAUCAAAUGUUAAGUUUACAUAAAUGAUAAUCUUUUUUUUCGGUCAAGCUGUGGUUGCGGUACUUUGUUUAUCAACAAAAAAUUAGUGGUCAUAUCCUUCUAUAGUGAGAAUCAUCAUCAGUCACGCUUGACAUCAUUCUAAUAGUUGCCUUCAAUACUCUUAGGGGAAGUCAGAAAUUGAGUGUACUUAAUGAGCAUACCACUCGAGAAAUAAGUGUGCACCCUCAAUAUGAGGAAAUGAUAUUUCUCUUUAGCUGCUUUGGCAUCAAUUAGUAUAAUUUUUUAGAAGAAGUAAAGAUAUUUCAAUAGAUUUAAUUUUUUUAACUCAACAUUGUUUCUCGCUUGCACCAAUAAUAAAGUAUUCCUUCAAGAUACUAUAUGUUUCAAACAGUAUAUCUUCUAAUUUUUUUGGUUUUUGAGAUGCAACUCUUGGAUGAUUAUUGCUGGACGAAGAAUCAUUUUAUGGGCUCUCUUUCAUUAAAUGUUUUCGCAUGGACUUGCGCGGAAUCUUGUUAUUUUGUUGACGUUCCAGUCUUGGAAACUAUUGUGCUGCCUUGUUUGAUCCCUUUAAUUAUUACACUAGAUUUCCUUCUUUCCCAUGGAACUUGCAGUAUACGAUUUGGGAUUGCGAGCUAUACACCAUGCCUUCUCUUUUGUUUUCUUGGUUUUGGGAUAAUGUCUAAAGUUCUAUUUUCAUACUUUAUUCUUAGUGGUUAUAUUGAUUGCUGCUGUAUGCUUUUGUAUGGAUGUUGAAAUAAGUAAGUUUUGCAUUCUAUUGCAUAAUCUGUGUCAAAAAAAAAUCACCAUAGCGUUUCUAAUCACUGCUCUCGUCUUUUGCCUUUCUCAAUUCAGGCAAACCAUCGGAUCAGCACGAAUAUGCAAAGACGACUAUAUGGGCAUUCAACAGACGUUGAAAUUCGGCCUCUGAACGAGGAAAAAGCUGUUCAGGCUGCUACAGAUCUUAUUGGAGAAAUCUUCGUCUUUCUGGUGAUCUGAGUUCUCUAGAUUUAGCCAUUCAUACGCUCUUAAUGCAUGCUGGAAUCAGGAUUCAAAUAUACUUUCGUAUCGAUCCAAAGAUUUAUGUCAUUACACUGCAAAUUCCAUUUUUCCAUGAGACGUCUCAUCUAGAUAAGGACAGAUUCAAUGGAUACAUCAAUUUAUACCUGGGAUGGCAGAUAUAAGCCCAUGCAUGCAUUCUGCCUUUUGAUUCAAUGAAAUAUCGGUUGCUUUGUUUCUCAUUUGAACAUUAUAGGGUCCAUGAACCUUUCUACAUAAUCUGCGGCCGACUAAAGUUGCAAUGUUCUACUUCUUAAUGCUGAAAUUUGAUAUCAUGCUUAUUAAUUUAAAUUAUCUGACCCUAGUCUCAUUUUACGUGGUUAUUUUACUUAUUAGGUUGCUGGAGGAGCUGUAAUUUUUGAGGUGCAAAGAAGUGCGAGAUCAGAGGCUAGAAAGGAGGAAAUGCGCAGGCAGGAAUUAGAUGUAAUUUACGAAACAAUAGAGCUGAUUUACUUCAUUUUCUUUGAAGAUUGAAUUAGUAGUUCAAAUUUCUUUUUGGCAUCAUUUUGUAACCAGGCUUAAAUCAGUAAUUGACAUUCAUUAUUUUUUCUUGGAGUUUUAUGUUGAAGUCCUGUGAUAGAUUUAGUUCCAUCCUUUCAACAUCACCAUUAGCCGUAGAGAAUCAAAAGUUUGAACUGCUUUCAGUCCAAUAAUUUCCAGGAGAAAGUCAAACAAAUAGCACAUUCAAUCUUUAAUCAUAAAUGAUGCUCUGAUCUUGCAAAAAAAAAAAAGAGCAGUAAGAGUACUUGGUAAUAAGUAUGACAAAAAUGUCAGCGACGAGUGUCUGGUAGUUGGAAUUAGGGGAGGCUAUUGGGUUAUUCAGCUCAUUGUCAGAUGCUUUUGUCUGAUCCCUGGAGAACCAAGAGAGAUAAAGAGUGAUAGAUAUUUGGAUUAUCGAACUCAGUUUGGAUUUAUGCGACAUGUUUCCAUUUUUGUUUUGCAACCAUGAAAACUAUCGCUAUUUACAGGGCCAAUGUUUGAUGCCGUGUUGUGCAUUAAAUUCAGAUAUCCGGUUUAUCCUCACAAAGUCAAACCUGCAGUUGUCAGGGUAUUUGCUGUGUUUAUUUCCUGGAUGAUAUCUCCAUUCCUAAUCCUCCGUCUUGUACUGAGCUCAUUUUUGUUAGACUGCUGGUUUUCUGCUGCUCUCUUCCUCACCCUAUCCAAGAUCAUGUGAGCUGCCCUUCUAGAACUCAUCAUCUCAACAGUGUUGGUAAGUGGCUACUCAGAUAUGUGAACCCGCUAAUCUGUAUGGCGCAGAACUCCCACUCUCCCUACAGAGUUCUCCCAACCUAUGUAACAUGGUUCAAAACCCCACAGGAGAUCUGCAGAAGAACUGAGACCAUACUAUAAUCACCCAAGCCGCUCGUGUGUGUGUCCCGAAAACCUUCCUUUUUGGUUCCACCCAGAUCUUCCAACCCUUACAGUCAGUCUUCCUUCAUUCGAUCUUUGUGAUUUUUAUGCUUGCAUACUUGGUUGUUGGCACAUCCGGUGAAACUGAGUACAAUUGUCUUCAUUUGCUUCAGUAGGCGUAUGAACUUCCCAUUGAGAUUUCAUUCUUUUUGUGAUCUUUUCCCCUGCAGUGGCGCUCGUUCUUGAAUGCCAUCUGGGUGUUACACAUCUUGCCUUGUUGAAGUUCGUCAAGAAAUAAAUGAACUCUGAUUUCCUUCUUUUGGUGUGGUGUGGUGUUCCUUGAUGAGAUUCUUCUGCCCUCGUCAAGUCAAACUCUCAGUUCAAUCACUAGGUCAACUCCGAUGAACCCUUCUAGGUUUUCAUCACCCAGAUCACCGUUUAGUCAACCUCUCCUCCUACACUCUCUUCCUGAAACCGGCUUGAAUCCAUAUUCUGAAUUGCUGCUUGCUUCCUCCCCAGUGAUCUUCGGAGAGAGAACGUUUUCUCCAGGAACUGCCAACAUUGCAGACAUGUGGUUCAUCACUCUACUUAUUUUGGAAACAUCCUCGUUGAGAAACGUCCAAUGCUUUUUAUUAUUUUACUUGAUAUGGCAAAAACCGAGUCAUUUCGGACAAUUUAGAGUGAGGAUUUUCCCUUAUUUUUCCUAGUUUAUUGAUUUCUCGAGACAAUUUCAUAAGAAAAUUGAUGCUUCUAGUAUCAAAAUUUCUGCCUGAGAUGCUAAAAUUGGAGGGGGAAAGAUUUAGAUCUUAUACAUUAGUCGGGCCAAAAUCAUGCAAAAGUUUUUCUCCCAAUAUCAAAUAGUUGUUGUUCUUAUCGCCGAUAGCUUCGUUUUUGCCCAGGCAUUGAAACAAAGAGACGAGGAAUUGGCGAGAGAGGUUGAGCUUCUCCGUGAAAGGCUCUCUGAGAUCGAGAAGCUUGCCAAAGGCCGCAGUCUUGCCGGUAUCUUCAGCUUCCGCCAUGGCGGCUCACCGGAGGACAGCAAACCCACCUCUGCAUCAAGCAAACCAUCAGCGGCAGAACCCACUGAACCGGCCACAGAGCCUUCAUGA